AUGUUGCCCUAUCAGAAGAAUAGUGCACUACUCACCGCAUUGGUUGAGAGAUGGCACGGUGAGCUUGUGGAGUAUGAUGUGGAGGAGGCCGGUGGGACUGAUGCUCUAUGGGAGGUAUUUAUUGAUCCCCAUAUUGCAGGUUACUCAGUGGCGUGGCAGGACAUGGUAGAUAGUUAUGCCCCACUCCCUUCAGUUUUGGCAGGGCUAGGAGAUUUGAUUCCUACACUAGAGGAGGUUGAUGAUGAUAAUCAAGGUGGAUGUGGUGGUAUUGGGAGGAGGGGUAGAUGGAGGAGAGGUGGUGGGAUUGUUAUGGGUGGCAUGGUUGGACAUCGUCGGGGAGGAGGUGGUGGCGGGGUAGGAGGAUUUGAUGAGGGAGGAGUGGUGAGGGGUAGAGGAGUAGUGAGAGGUAGAGGAGGAGAAUGA